GGAGUGUUGAGUGACAAGAUGUGGCCAGAGGAAGGCAUCAUAGCGGGCUCUGCCACGGCUACGUUUGAGGCGAAGGCCUACCUCAUUCGUUUAGUCCAGGAUCCUGAGAUUCUAGGCGCUUGGCAGGCUCAGGAGUCUGUCGGCACGACGGUCCACGUAGACGACAUGGGGCUUUUCUCGUGGAGCACCCUCAUAGAGGAUUGUGUCACCAACAUGGUCGAGCUCGCCACUCGCAUGUACCAGGGUCUGGAGAAGCUCAACCUCUCCCUUGCCCUCCAGAAG